UCGCAAAUGAGCACGUGCUUUCUUGUUCGUUCAUUUUCCCUCGCCACGUAAAUAGUCUUCAGAAAAUACAUUUAUGUUGCAGGAAGGUUUUUACCACCAUUUCCGUGUCCCGGCCGCACGAUGAAACCUCUGAGAAUUGUCUCUUAUAGACCUGUGUAAUCUAUGUGGGAUUAAGAAUGCAGCGAUCAAUGAGGAAGGUACAAGGGAAGUUGUAUCGAGUAGCCCUUUGCCUGCUCUUUGUCGUCAUCUCGGGAACUCUGUACUACCGGCAGAAAGCAUCAAAACCAGAGAAGAGGCUAUAUGAUGCUUUGGAGAAUAGCACAAUGAAAUCUCAGGAUGAGGGCCCCAUGAGACUUUGUGGGUUGCAGUCAAAAUUUGAGGAAGAAGGGCAUUUAGGGGACAACCUUACACUAUCUUCUGUAUUCAUCUUAGUAAGGCAUGGAGAGAGGGGUCCAUUCAAUCCUAUCCUCAACUCACGCAAUACUCACUGUGGGAUCUCUGCUGAAGAAGACAACUUGAAAUUUAAAAAGUAUAAGAGAGAUAUAAGUUUAGUGCCACUCAAGGACGAGUCAUUCCACCAGUUCGACAGGACUCCUCCUGCUGGCAAUUGGUGUCGACCAGGGCACUUGACUACACAUGGAGCCUUUCAGCAUUUAAGCCUGGGAAGAAGCCUGAGGGAAGCAUAUGUGACAGAGACAGGCAUACCUCUUGCCAUCACUGUAUACUUGACUCAUUUUGCUCGGACAUUCCAAAGCGCCUUGGCUCUCUUAUUUGGCUUACUUGGUGAAAAUGUUAACCAAGCUGCAUAUGAACUGAGAGGUUAUGGCCUCAUGAAACAUGUUCUUCAAACUGCUCUCUCCAGGCCUCGUGAAGAAGCAGUUCAAGUUGUGAUCUACUCUGGCCAUGACUAUACCGUUCGUAAUAUGCUCGCCUUCUUUGGCAUCCCAGCAGAAACUCCUGCAUUUGCUGCUCGUAUUGUGUGGGAAUUCUACCACUCAUCUGAGACUGCAGCGGCUUACCUUCAACAUGGAUUUGUUCAGCGAUUAGGUGCAACAUCAUUUGCAGGGGCAUGUAAAGCUUAG